AGAAAUACACAGUAUACACACUUAUUGCAAAAUUACAUAUACACACGCAGAGUCACAUACCUACCGAGAAAUUAAUAAAAAAAUGCACGCAUGAAACACGCAUUGGUUGAGCUUGGGAUUGGGACUUCCUACUCCACCAGCUUUGAAAUCGAUUCGUUUUCCAUGCGUAACAGUAGACAAUAACAUCACACACUCCAGCAGCCAUGGCUUCCUCCCAUUUCCUCUGCAGUCAACACCUCUACACUCCCUCCAAUGGCAGAAACCAACACAAAUUUUCAAGAAAAAGCAGUCUAUGUUCUUCAUAUAAGCCACAUGGUGCAUGUUCUUUUGGUAAGAAAACUCAAUUUCGAAGUACCCAAUUCGUCAAAGCCAUGGCUUCUGAUCCACAAACUGGCAGAAAACAAUUAGAGAUAGUGUAUGACCUAGAUGAAAGACUGAAUAAGUUAGCUGAUGAAGUGGAUAAGAAUGCUGGACUUUCAAGACUCACUCUGUUUUCACCUUGCAAGAUUAAUGUUUUUUUGAGAAUAACCAGCAAGAGGGAAGAUGGGUUUCAUGAUUUGGCAUCUCUCUUUCAUGUAAUAAGUUUAGGAGAUAAAAUUAAAUUCUCUUUGGCCCCAUCAAAAUCUAAGGAUCGAUUGUCAACCAAUGUGCCUGGAGUUCCACUCGAUGACCGAAAUUUGAUAAUCAAAGCCCUUAACCUUUUCAGGAAAAAGACUGGAAGUGACAACUACUUUUGGAUUCAUCUUGAUAAAAAGGUACCUACUGGGGCUGGGCUUGGUGGUGGAAGCAGUAAUGCUGCAACUGCUUUAUGGGCGGCAAAUCAAUUCAGUGGCUGUCUUGCCACUGAAAAGGAACUCCAAGAAUGGUCAAGUGAGAUUGGUUCAGAUGUUCCCUUCUUCUUCUCCCAUGGAGCAGCCUAUUGUACCGGUAGAGGUGAGGUUGUUCAAGAUAUCCCCGCGCCAAUACCUUUCGACAUUCCAAUGGUCCUCAUAAAGCCUCAACAAGCAUGCUCCACAGCAGAAGUUUACAAGUGUCUUCGGCUCGAUCAAACUAGUAAGGCUGAUCCCUUAACCUUGCUGGAGAAGAUCACAAGAAAUGGAAUAUCUCAAGAUGUUUGUAUCAAUGAUCUGGAACCUCCUGCAUUUGAAGUGCUUCCAUCCCUGAAAAGAUUAAAACAGCGUGUGCACGCUGCAAGCCGUGGACAGUAUGAUGCUGUUUUCAUGUCUGGAAGUGGAAGCACUAUAGUUGGGAUUGGUUCUCCAGAUCCCCCACAAUUUGUCUAUGAUGAUGAUGAAUAUAAGGAUGUGUUUUUGUCAGAAGCCAGCUUUAUCACUCGUGGCGAUAACCAGUGGUACAGCGAACCUGUUUCAACAAGUACUUGUAGCUCUCCCGCUGAUCCUUCCAUGUCUUUUGAGUAGAGUCUAUAUCUGGUUUUUUCACAAAAAGGAAAUGGGAAUAGAGUUGUUUGUAUGAUACUUCCAUUCAUGUAAUAUAGUUUCAUUUAUCAACAACGUCAACAGUAAAAUUGUCCGAUUUUCGUCCUGACUGUAAAAAACUGAAUAAGACUAAUCUGUUCAAAGAAUAGGGUCAGCUGAUUUUUUUUAAUUUUAUUUUAUAUUUUUUCUU